AUACUCUCUUCCUCCGCCGCCGCAGCCCGACUCUGACACAACCGGCAUGUCUGCAAACUGAGAUCCGCGCAGGAAGACACCAUCCCUCCUUUUUAAGACGCACAACUUGUGUUUUCCUUCUCCCCGCUGCAAGCAGAAGACGCGCAGGGUGGUUAUAACACUGCGACGAGGCUCAUUUCAUUCGGAGGGAUAACGACUUGGAGGAGGAUCGACACAAGGUCUGUCCCCGAUAACCUGACCACUGAAGGAAGAGAACACAGAACUGCUUCAUCAUGAAUUUUGUCAUGAAAGCCGCGAUGGGAGGAGGUCCUCCUGAUGUGGGCAAGAUGCUGGGUGGGGAGGAGAAGAAGGAGGAGGACCCCGACGCAGCCCAGAAGGAGGAGGAGCGACAGGAGGCUCUGAGGCAGCAGGAGGACGAGAGGAAGGGCAAAUAUGCCAAGAUGGAGGCUGAGAGGGAAAGCAUGAGGCAAGGCAUCAGAGAUAAGUACGGCUUGAAAAAGCGCGAGGAGGCCGAGGCCGAGGCAGCCGCCGCCGCAGAGGAGUCUGCAGAGGGCAGCUUGACCCGACCCAAGAAGCUCGUGCCGGCCGGCUGCGGCGACGAGGAGGAGGAGGAGAGCAUCAUGGACACAGUGAUGAAGUACCUGCCGGGCCCACUGCAAGACUUGCUGAAGAAGUAGGCUGGCUCGCUAGCUCAUGCUAACGUUAUCUAGCUCAGUUUAUAGGCUACAUUCACAAAGUUGGCUCAGAUCCAGGGUCCCACCCUCCGACCCCACCCACCUACCCACAUCAUGACGGAUGUGAACAUUGCUUCGUGGGCUAUGUUAAAAAACAACAGGAAAUUUGAUGGUGGGGAAAGGAGUCAGGUGUGGAGCAGCAGUGUGAAUGGCAGCCAUUAGACUAAGCUAGGCUGACCCGAGGGUCAAGGCGAACGUUAGCUGCGUUAACCUCGAGAAGCUGACCGCAAGCAGAGAGGCUAAAAAACACAAUGUUAGAUGGUUUAGCCUUCUAGUCUGAGACGUUUUAAACUCCCCUUUCGCUCCUCUGCUGAGCUCUCUUGCAGCACUGAAAAAUAGUCCCCUAGUCCACCAUGGCGUUCACUCAAUUUGUACAUAAAUAAAUGAAUACAUUACAAGCCUGAAGGUGGGCAAACAAUCAUAAUAUAUUAUAUACAAAUGAUUAUAUUAACUGUGUGUCUGUCUCUUGGAGAAAAAAAAAGGAAAAAAAAGAUGUGAUAACUUGAUAAGCCAUAUUUUAAAAAGGAAAUGUAGAGACUUCUGUCGUGUGCUCCUAAAGCUUCUGUUCUGUGUUGUUGGACCAUGUCUGAAACUUAUGUAAACAUUUUUUUGCACACAGUGUGACACUUCCUCCGUCAGAUCGAUUGUCUAUCUCCCAUACACAUAAGUGUAAUAACAUUCAUGUAGUGUAGUGUUUAAAAAUGUUUGUACUCCCCUUGUUCAGUGCGUCUCCUUCUUACGUCGUGCAUGCCAUUUGUCUCGACACGUUUGUUGUGUGAAUAUCUACAAGCUCACCCCCCCCCCCCCGCCCCUUCUUUCUUCUCUUCUUUAUCAUGCAAAAAAUAUUAAGGCAAUAACUCCUAAGUUUGAGUGUGUUUUCACUUCCAUGCAGAUAUAAUCGUUAAUAAUAUCAGUAAUGGAAAAAAAUAUGUGUAAGCAUUCAGGAAAUUUCAUUUACAGGUUUGCAGGGUUUUCUUUUUUGUUGUCUCAUUGUUUUUCGAUAAAGAAUGACCGUGUAGCCGUUCAUACAACAGCCAAAACCUUAAGCUUUCAGCCAUAAAACCAGAACCUACAAUAUAUAUAUGAUAUAGAUAUAUACUAUUACUAUCAGGAUCUAUAUUAGGGAGAGAUUUCUGAAUGAAUCUGUAUGAAUAAAGAGGCAACAUGAGUUUUAUAAUAAGCAGUAUAAACUUGAAGGUGGACUACAAGUCUGGGUUUUGCAUCAUGUGAAGAAUGACACCACCCUCCUUCUAACACACUCACACACACACACACACACACACACACACACACACACACACACACACACACAUGCAGUGAGUUUGGCUCCUGGUUCAGUUACACAGAAAACCCAGAAACGAAGGGAUGCUUGAUUCAGUUCUUCUUGUUGGUUUCGAUGUGCGAAUGAGCCGCGUGGAAUACCAUUGAGCAAUAAAGGAUUACCAUGUAUGUUUCUGCCUGAGAUUCAAUAAAAACUUAAAACCUUGUUCACAGACAUUAAA